AUGACAGAGUACAACCGGUCGGCCAACAAGCUCCAGGAUGAGGCCGAGGAAGUGAGGACGCGCCUCGAGAAGGAGAGGAGGGCCGUCGCCGCCAGCCAGGAAGAAGCGGCCGCGGCAAGGAAGGCACAAGAGCAGGAGAAGAGGGAGGCAAAAGAGAAGCUCGAGCAAGUGGAGGCGGAGCUGCAGCGCGAGCGCGAGAACAAGAACGCGGCCGAGGCCUCCAAGCAGCAAGAAAAAGACAACAAGACCAUCCAGGCAGCCAAGGCAGAGGCAGCCAAGGCAGACCAGGAGCGUGAGCGCAUCGAUCGCGAGAAGACCGAAGCCGAGGCCAAGUGGCGAGCGGCGGAUGCAAGGGCGGAGGCUGCAGAGGCCGAGGUCGCGGAAGCGCGGGGAAGGCUGGAGAGGGACGUGGCAGAGGCGAGGGUGCAGGCCGCCGCCGCCGCAGUGGAGGAGAACGCUAACCGCAUCACGGACGGCGGGCUUGCUAGGCUCCAGACGGAACUGGCGGUGAAGGUGUCUGAGCUGAGGCUGCAGACUGACAAGGCGUUGUCCCUGGAGGCGCAGAAGGAGCGGGCGGAAGUGGCCGCUGUGAAGAGGGAGAGGAGCCUUCAAGACCUUAUGGAGAAGAACAGGGCGAGGUACGAGAAGGCGAACCUAGAACUUCAGGAGGAAGUGGAGGCACUAAGCCAACUCAAGGACGCCGCGGCCGGGUUCGAAGACGCCAAGAUCAAGCUGGAGCUGGCGGACAAAAAGUCGGCUGAGCUCGAGAAGGAAGCUUCUUCCCUCAAGGAGAAGAUGACGGGCCUUGACAAGAAGCUUGCCGCGAGCGUGGACAAGUCGGUAGAGGAAGCGCUACUGUUGGUGAGCAAGGAGGCCGCUCUCAAGGACGUCGAGGCGCAGCUCACGGCCGUCAAAGACCGGGCCAAGGUCCUCGAGAAGGAGGCUCUCAGGGUCCCGGAGUUGGAGGAGGAGCUAAAGGAUCAGUCGGAGGUGGCGCAGAAGGAGAAGCGGCGAGCGGACGAGCUCCAAGCCAUUCAGGACAAGGAGGAAGCACAGACCGAGCUGGUGAAAGAGCGGCUGUUUGACCUGGAGCGGUCUGUGGAGAUGGCCGAGUGGAGCGAGCGGAAGCUGGCCAAGGAGAAUGAGGGCCUUCAGGGAUUGAUCAGCCGAAACCGACAGAGGUUCCACAAAGAGCUGGCGAGGCUGACGGUGGCGUCAGCAGACCUCGAGGAUAAGUCGAAUGCGCUUAAAGAUCUGGAGGCGGUGUAUGACCGGGAGAGGCAGACCGUCAAGGAGCUCGGCAACCAGGUGGAGACCCUUAAGGCCAAGGCGGAAGAGUUGGCGGCCGAGCUGUCUAUGACCCGAGACGAGCUGGCCAGGGAAACCGAGAUGCGCCUGAAAGCUGAGACGGCUGUUGAAGAGUUGCAGCUGGCGGAGAAAGCAGACAAGGGGUACGAGGAACAGCUCAAGAAGGCCGAUGCAGCUCUGCAGGCUGCACGGCAAGAGGGCCAGGCAGCCGUGGCGGAGGUGCAGACUCUGCUAGAGAAGGAGAAGCAAGCUUGGGGCACCGAGAAAUCAUCUCUGACCACCCGCCUCGAGGAGGCGUUACGGUCUACGGAGGACUUCUCGGCUCGUGUGGUGGCGCUGGAAUCGUCAACGGAGAAGCUUCGGCAAGAGUCGCAGCAGAGCAAGGCGGAGGCCGAGCAACUCCGCACUCAGCUUGGGCUGUCUGCGAAGUCUUUGAGCGAGGCUACGGUAGACAAGGAGCGUCUGGUGACGGAACUCGAGAAGACCAAGGGGGUCGUGGAGGAAAGGAACCGCCUGCAGAAGAGCGUCGAUAACCUAAAGGCAGCUCUCAAGAAGUUCACGGGUAAGCAGGACGACGAGAGCGACAACAACGGCGCUACGCUGGAGAAGGAGGCCGAGGUGGAUGCCCUCGAGCAGGCGCAGGAGCGGCUCUCCAAGACAGCGGCGACUUUGUCAGGCGAAGAAAGCAGAGACGACUAAUGACCCGGACAUCGCGGAAAACAUUGCGGCCGUGGACGCAGUGAACGACUUUCUAGAGCGGUCACAGGUGAUGGUGGAUGUAUCGGGGGAUGUGGGUUCCGACGACUUCUUGGAGAGGUCGCAGGCGGAGGUGGCGAGGUCGAGCGGCUCCGACAAGUGGAGCUCCCCGCGGUGGUCCAAGGACGGGGGAUCUUAACCUCAAUAGCGACGACGUGUAGAUGGCUUUGGAUGAAUUGGUGGCUUUGGGUGCUGGAGAGACGGAUCUCAUAGCCGCGGUAUAGUUGGCCGUCGGCGUUGCUGAGGUAGAGGCAGUGCCGUGGGUUCAAUGGCAUAGUAUACCUUGCACACACAGUAGUGGGUUUGUCGGCGCGAUAGCUCACGGGAUGUAUCGACUCAAGUGGCACGCGGGCAUAGAUGGGUUCAGAGGGAACGGAGAGGGUUGUCGUGGUGUUGGUGAACCCCUUAUGUUUUGGAGCAUUCGUUCCUUUUUUUGUCCUGUUUUGCCCCUUGUUUCCCCCCCUUUGAGUCGAAAGUGACUUUGUUAGGUAGAAAGACAACGAUGCCAUUGGAUAUCGCGGCGUACAUGUGUUCCCUUGGAAGUGCAAUUUAUCCAUAGUUGAUGUGCUUUACGAGGGAGAUGAUCAAAAACAGAGAAGUAAUUAGUCUGGUCGUCAGUUUUGAACGGGAGAGGGAGGUGUUGCUUUGUGUCAGUUAGUUUUUAGAACCGCGUCUUUCUCUCUCUCUUUUUUUUUCGUUUUUGUUUUUUUGCUGUUGCAGAGAGCGGACCAGGCAGAGAGCUAUUUGCUUGUUUAAUUGCGCCCGAGAAUGCGCAGCACGUACACGCAGUUGGCAGGCGUGCGAGCGAAAGUUCUUGCACGUCUAGGUUGUUGAUUUUUUCUCAAGUCGUGAGAGGAGGGACUUGGAACUGAAGCAGAAAAUAGGAGGUAGUAGGCCUCUCCACGGCCCGCAGCGACGGGCUCUAGAUAUGUUCUGUUGGGGUUGUUGGUGGCAAGAACGAGAGCGGCCGUCGGAGCGCUGCUUUUGGUUGCCAUCGGUGUUCUUUUCUAGAAGGGGAGGACGCUGAAAGGUCUCAUUUAGUUACGUUUCGUAUUUCCCGUGUCGAAGUUACACACAUGGUUUCUUUUUUUGGCUGUUGCGGGUGGUUGCCGCCUGACUCCAAACGGAAGCAGCCGGUCGCCAGUGUAGCUGUGUAUCAUAUCCUUUCACACGAAAUUGUCUCUUGUAUCUCUGUAUGUUCAAGCGCUUGUUCGAUGUUC